AUGGCUGAUUUCGCGAUCGAGCUCCUGAAACUCAUUCCACUGGAGCAGAGCGUGGUAAUGUCGCCACUGUCUCUCGUAGCUGCAUUGUCUGUUCUCGAAAGAGGAGCUGGCGGUGCAACGAAGAGCGAAAUUGUUGACGCACUAAAGAGAAAUUCUCAAGAGGAUGUUCCGGAGUUACUUCGUAAAUUGGCGGCAGCUGAUGGAGUAGCAAUGGCGGUGGCAACCAAGUUUUUCCUUGCGAAAGAUUUGGAAAUCUGUGAGCAGUAUAACGACACCAUUACAAAAGAUUUUGCGGUCAGCGCUGAACAACUCAAUUUCCAUGAUCAGGCUUUGACGGUUCAGACCGUUAACAAUUUCGUGUCGGAUGCUACCCGUCGAAUGAUUCCACAACUUUUGCCUAAUGAUUUUCACAAACCGGACAUGAGAGCUUUUCUUGUGAAUGCUGUGUACUUCAAAGGACAAUGGGGUAAUCGCUUCGAACCUGAACUCACGCAUCCAGAUACAUUCCAUGGUGUUAAUGGAGAUCGUGAGGAGUCGUUUAUGGCGUAUCAUGCCCUCAAGGACUGCCGUUUCGCUAUUGACCAUGGAACACAAGUCCUAGCACUGCCAUAUAUGGACAAAGAGUACGAGUUUGUCAUCUUUUUACCACUUGAAAGUGUGGAUUUCAAAGAGUUCCGUGCAAAUUUGACCGGCGAAGUGAUGAGAGAGCUGUUAGAGAAUGCCAGCAAGGAUCCAGCAGGUGUAAAUGUCACUAUUCCGAAAUUUAAAGUGACAUCGCAGCCGGACAUGAAGAAGAUGCUGCAAAAUCUUGGCAUCAGUCAUCUUUUCCACGAGGGUUGUGAUUUGAAGGGUGUAACCAAGACGGAGGAUCUCUAUGUCGACGACGUGAUUCACAAGGCUGUUGUGGAGGUCAAUGAGGAGGGAAGAGAGCUUGAUGCUCUUGGAAAGAAGUUGAAGGGAAUGGUUCGAACCCUUCGUGACAUCUAUCCUGUCUUCCACGCCAAUCACCCAUUUGUUUACGGAAUCUUCCGAGGACAUCAACCGAUUCUCAUCGGGCAACACUGCUGA